AUGGCGGACAGUGGAGCCAAGAAAGCCAGUAAGGAAUUUUUUCAGCAUUUAAUCAGUUCUUCGGAGAGGUAAGACGCUUUAAAAUAUUUUUUUAGUGCAGAUAAAAUACGAUGGUUCUUAGAGAUGACAAUUUUCUGUUUAGUUGCGUGGAUGACAAAGUUUGUGUGGUGGGGAUCUUCGGAAAAGACAACAUUGGCUACAAGUCGAAAGCUGUACAUCUGAAUGGAACUAUUGGGAAAGAAGUUUUCAAGGUUUGUUUGGAAAUGAAGUAAUUCAGCUAUAAACUUCUUCUUAUCUAAUUUCUUUGAAGGAACUGCUCUUUAUGGAUUUUACACGAAUGAUAUCAAAUGGACAUCAAAGAUUAUCGAAUGAAAUCAACAAAAACAACAAAACUCAUAUAAGUAUGUAUUUUACUUAAACCCUAUGCAUUUGCAUCUCAUAGAUUGACUUUUUAGAUGGUACAUUCAAGAAGAAGGAUACAGAUGAAUUUUCAGUGAGUAUCUUGUGGGAUUCCAAAGCUUGUGUUGACAUAAAGUACCUGUAGGAUUUGUAGCAUUUUAAUAAAUACCAUCAGGUGAUUUUGUUAAGUCAUUAUUUAAGUAACAUUGAUAUGGCAUUAUUGUAUUCAUGCUUCUAGUUUCAACUGGUUAAUUGUCACUAUCUAUUUUUCUUUUCCAGUGCACUAGUGAAUUGCUUUUUUGCUUAUUUUCAGUGUGACAUUUAUGUCUAUCAUGAUGUAGAACAGAGGAUAAUCUAUCUACACCUUGUGUCUGUUUAUGAUGUGUCAAGACUGUUACAACUUUGUAAACAAGCUCCACAAGAUGCACAGAAUGCAGUAAGUUUCAGUUUCAAAUUUAGCAUUAGUUUUAGAAUAUUUUCAACAUAUUUCAAUUAGAGAAACAUGUACAUGUGCUGUACAGGUAAACAUCACCACUACCUUUAUAAGAAUGACAUCAAUGUUAAUAAUGAUGAUAAUUUUAAUAAUAAUGAUAAUGAUGAUGAUGAUGAUGAUGAUAGUAAUAAUAAUAAUAAUAAUGAUAUGGAUAAUUCUGAUGAGAACGAGUAUGAUGCAGACAAUAACAACAAUGAUAACUAUGAAGACCUCAACAACAACAACAUUUUUGCAGCAGAAAUGACAAAAACAAGGACAUGAAAAAUAACAUUGUAUAGCCCUGUAAACAUCUGGCCUCUAGUGUUAGCUUUGAAUCAAGGAACUCUCCUGUUCAUAUCAACUGCUUUCUUAUAACUUGUCACGAAGAAACAUGUUCAUGUCUUGUAUGUACUAGGAAGGUUAUUUGGAUCGAUGAUAUUUAAUUCCUUGCUCUAAUAUUCAGAAGAGUAAGUGUAUAUUUGAUCCUUCUGCUCAGGGGAAGCAGAUAUAGGUGUGUUGUUGAUGACUGAAUAAUAACACCUACUGCAUCUCAGGGAUAAUUACUACAUGUAUUCCACUACUAUGCAAUUUUACUAUAUUAGGGCAAAAGAACAUGCCCAAUAUGCUAUUGUAUUACACUGUACAUCAGGACAAAAAUAUAGGAAGAAAGCAACAUGGGUGCUCUGUAUGAUUUAUAUAUGAUUUGAAAGCAAAGCCAUUUUUUGGCUUUGCUUUCAAACAAAGAACCUUUCAGCACUUCAGGUUUUUUUGUCAGCCAUUAUGAUUAUUUUGUCUGUUACAAAUGCAUUACUGGGAUCAAUAUAAAGUUCAGGUGAGGUUUUAACAUAAUUAAUAUGUAGUAUUAGCAAACAUUUUGCUCAGUGCAUGCCAAAGUAGUGUGCGGCUAGCAAAAUAUUGGCCCAUAUUACUGUAUGUGUUAAAGCAUCAAAUAAGGUGUAUAUAUUCACUUAUCCUUGGAGAAAUGUUUUGUUAUUUAGUUAUGACUGCUCAGUUAAUCUUGUUUCCUAGGCUUCUCAUCAGUAUUGGAUGUCCCAUGAAUUUUACUAUGCCUGUGCAUUACUGUUCCUGUUCUCUGUCUCUCAUAUUGUUGUUGUAAGUAAUUACUGAAACAGUUUCUUUUUGUUGUCCAGGUUACUUCAGUUCAUUAACUUAUUCUUUUCGGGAAUGCUAGCAAAAAAAGUUUUUAAAAGAACAAAUUUAUAUGACUGAACCAUAUCUUUAAAUUUUUCAUCAACAUUUUUUUAUUGUGUGCAACUGUAAGUGCUUCUUCUACCUGUAAAUGAAUUAUUUGGCCAUCAAUUUUUCAAACCAGUAACUACCUGGUCAAGUUAUCCACUUUGAUUGGUUGAAUAAUUGUCAGUUAUUUUUUGAAAUGUUUGAUAUAAUUUCAAGUUAAAAAUUCUCUGUUCAAAUUUUACAGCUUCUGCAUCCCUCACAGACUUUUGAUCUGAAUUACAUCAGGCUCUUUCGCACAUUAGCUUCAACAAGGUAAUUACAGACUAACUAAAUUCUUAUUAGGUAAAAUUGACAGAAUUCAGAGGAUGGAGAACUUUUGAACAUAAAAUGAACCCUAAAUUUUUUUGCCAUUGUUUGAAAGAGCUCCAAGUUUUUUAGUUAGUCUUUUUGCAAAAGGCUUUAAUUUGUUUUAGAAGACAGGAAUGGUUUCAAAACUGUUCUGUGGAUCUGGGUGAUGUAAUCCUUUUCAUAGAUGCUCAUUUCCCUUGUGAAAAAAUGUUUCAUUGCUUUGCUAAUUCCAUUGCAGAUAAAGAUAAAAAUUUUUAUUACUUUCUAAUAAAUGGAGAGAUACUGUACAUACAUGUAAAAUGCAGUUACAUGAUUGUGCAGGAGGAAGGAGGUUAUAAAUAUCUUUAUCAGUCAUUUCUUGAAAAUAAAUUCACUUGAGACCAAUGGGAAAAGAAAUUUUUCAAAUAGUUUUGUUUCUAAAUCAAAAGUCACACACAAACACUCAUUCACCUAAAAGAAUUUUGCAAAAAUGAAGAAAAAACACUGUAAUAUAUUUUUCAUGUAACCUCUCAAAUCAUUUUGUGCUUUAAUUUAUAACUUAUUAUAGACACCAGUUACUGCCUCAGAUAUCCCAGCUAUUAUCUGGUGUGGAUGGUAUUCCUGACAUUUGGAGGCAGACUGGACGGCCUUGUAUUCCCAGACUGGUGUGUUCAAUGAAACAGGUUAGUUUAUCUUUUAUUUCUUUCCUCAUCUGUAUGAGUGAUUUGGUUUACAGGACAGAACCCAGUAAUAAGUAUUUAGGUGUGUAAAUGACUUGAACAUUUUUCAUACAAUAGUGUUAAUUGCUUUGCCAAUUUUUUUUUAAGUAAAAGAUCACCUCAUGAGUAUUUCACAGAUUUGGUUGUGUGAACCUCCAAUUGACUAGUAAAGGGUGAAUUUCACAAAAGCAUAUUAAUUUUGUUAUUUUUCAUUAGAAGUUUUAAAUACCAGGUGAAUGUCUGAAUAUUAACUGAAGACUUUUUUCAUUAUUUCAGCGGGUUCCUUUCAUGGAUCCUUCACAAGUGGUAAGUUUUUGUCAAUGUGAAAUUUAAUCAAAGCAAAGUGUUCUUAAUGAUGAUAUCAUCCAUGCAUCUCUCCUACAAUACAUGUAGAUCAUGAGUAAGAACCAAUCAAAAUGUGUGUAUAAUUCAGUUAAUUAUAAAAACGCAACUUACAAAAUGCAAGUUGGGUUCAUACUCAGAGCAAUUGAUAUGGAAAGGUGCCUUUACAUGUUCCUUCAUAAUUGUUAAUAUUCACUGUGCUUUAACCUAAUAAUCAUAAGAGUACAGUGUCGACUGAGUAUGAGUAUGCUGAAAUAUUGUAUGUUUCAAAUGCAGUCAGGGAAAAGCCAAGAUACUUAUGCCAGCAAGACUAAGGGAAAACAACAAGUAAGUUGAAAAAAAAAAAUAACAACAACAACUACAACAACAACAACAACAAAUGUAAGGGUGUUUAAGUCCUUGGUCAAGCUUCCAGUCAUAACACUAGGCAUUUAAUAGUCUGAUUCCUUUAUUUUCAGAAUUUAUGUUGGUUUAAAUAUAAGGUUUUUGCAUUCAUUUUAGAGCAUCACUCCACAAAAGAAACUUCAGCAUGCUGUAGAGGAUCAGCUGUACAGCAUAAUGAGAAAGGCCAGGCUCCUUGGAAGUCUUAGGUGGGGUGUAUAACUAAUGUACAAUUACACUUAAAAAAACAGAAUGCAUAUUUUUGCAGGUAUUAAUAUCUGUUUCCAGGCAUGAUUAACUCUAAAAGCUUUUAGCUUUAGUAUUAUUAACCCCUUCUGCAAUAGCUGAAGGUAAAUUCCAUAGUACUUCUUUACAGAUCCUUAGCUGCACAUAAUUUGACUUGUAACUUAAGUGCACAGGCAUGAAUAAUGGUACCCUUUUUUAAAUGGUUGGAGCUCACUGGAGAGGUAAAUUGCCAUUUUCUUACAAAUGAGGGUAGUGACCUAUCAUUUUUUAUCCUUUCUUGGAAUUGAGCAACAGCUUUCUUUAAUAAUUAUAGAAAUAGACCUAUUCCCAAUGUGAAAAAGGGACAAUUUUUGGUUCCUUAACCAUUGAAUGUCCUAUAAAUUUUACUGAUUGCAAAUUAUAGUUUUUUUAAGAUGCCCAAAUAGUGACAUUGAUGUGCCUCCUCUGUUUCGUUUUGUUUUUUGGCCCGUUCGUUUUUUGUAAUAAUGUAAAAAUGUUGCUCUAAAUCUACAGUUCCAGUUCCCUGUUCACUGUAAACUCAAGUCACGCCUUUGUUCACAUGCAGCCAUGUUCUACCAACUUUGACCCUGUUGCAGUUCUCCUUAAUACUUUGGCUAAACCGGCUAUCAACACUAAAUGGGGUAAGGUAAACAUUACUUACUCUAGUGAAGCAUGCUUCUUUUUUCUUUUUUUUUUUGUCUAUAAGAACGUGUAAAAAAUAGGAAAGGCCCCGAUAGUUUGUUAACUCUGCAUAGCCGCUCAGGCACAUUACUUCUUGUAGGUUUCUCUCCUUGACAUUCAACGAUCGUAUGCAUGCACCUUUGUGAAGGAAUAACAUGAAUACGGAGUCCAGGGGUUUCAAAGCUACCGCCGCCUGUAAAACCUUUCACUACCGUCUGUUUAGCCUACGAGUACGCACCCGUGUUUGUGUUUCCCCUUACGACAGACGCCUAUUGCAGCAUCGGCGGCUGCUUAUGGAGAAAGUUACUGAAACUCCCAGGGAAUCUUUCCUCAAUUCCAUCUCGUUCGGAACUUUUACCCUCAAUGAUAAAAAAAAAACUAAACCAAAACACAAAUAAAACUGGCAAAAACAAAACAAGCACUCUUCUGUUCGGAUGCAUGAACACUUGUUACAGGCAUUUUCAAGCGUUAUUGCGAUACUGUAAUCUAAGACGGCAGAUGAUCAUGAACCCUCUGUUUAUCUGGUAGCCGAAAUCAAAGUUAAGCGUCUCUCCUUCAAUUUCUUGCUGGUUUUAAUUCCCUACUUAAUAAAUAGUUUUUUUUAUAAUUGUUUGUAACUGUUCCCGCAGUGGAGAAGAGUCCUCUUCUGAAGAAUAGCAAAUUCCUUAAGAGAGAAUUCUCAGAGUCCGGAGGGAACAGCGAAGCACAUUCCACGGAUGACGUGUUGUUCCGAGACUACCUGAAACAGCAGAUUGAUCUCUUAAUGACCGGAGAUGGUGGUCGAGAUGGAGUGGCUGAGGGACGCAGAGGAACGCAUGUAGAGGUACAGUAUUUAAAAAUUUCCCUAUCAUUUUCCAGGUCUGGAAGUGAUAUAACUUUAGAGUAAGAUGCGGAAGAACGCAUGUUUAGGUCUUACUCUAGUACAACGGCAUUUUUCAGCUCUGAAAGUAAUAUAAUUUUACAGUGCAUGUAGUAGUGAAGGUCCUGAAAGUCAUGGAAAUGACUUAGAAUGAGCUUUACGAACGUGAAGGCACGACCGGAAUACUUUGACUGAAAGAUCACGUGCAUAAACCAACUUCUCGAUUUGGAAAUGUCAACAGAGUACUGUGUAAUGGUUGUGGAAAAACAUGAAAUUUGAUCAUUUCUAAAGAUAAAUAGUGGUACUUUAGGUGCACUAGAGAACAUAUGGCCAUGUGGUCUUCGGUGUACACGAUUAGCUUAAGGCCAAAGAUAAUGAAGGAAGAGAAAACGAAAGGGUGUCAGCUAGAUACAACUGUAUGUAAAUUCCAUCUUCGUAGUGUAUUUCCUUAAGCUUCUGCAAUGUUUUUUCCAGCCCAAUAAACUCUUUUUUCUAAAUUCUUCUUCAUCAAUUAAAUUAAUUUUCUCCCUUUCUGCCAUUAUAUUACCUUUACUAAAGGGAUCAAAUCGAGAAAUCGAUAAUAGCCUUUUUCACAGACGCCUUGUUCAACAAACAUCCGUCCCAGGAGCUUUCUUCUAAUCUUUGUAAACAUAUCCCAAAGGUUUUCUGUUGUUGCUUUACAUGCGCUGAUAUCUGACGUUCAUAACUCGUGUUCUUUGGCAAUGCAGGUUCCUUCUUGCCGUUUGUGGGCGCGUGUAUCGCUUACUCUGUAUGAGUUCUUCUUGACUCCAAAGAAUGAUUUGAUAGCUCCUCUCACCGCCAUGGCAUCUAAUCUAGAUCUCGACAUGAAAUUCUCUGAGGCGUAAGUACUGCUGUAUUUUGUCCAGGUUUUUAUAGGGUAAGGCUCUAUAAAGCAACGUCAGAUACGUUUUUCAGGCAAAAACUCUCUUUACGAGGAUGGCCCUUAAAGAUCAUUCUAAAAUCUCUUCCCACGGAUGUGAGGUACAUGAAGCUCAGCGAAGGGAAUAGUGUUAAUGGUCGUUUGUUUGUCGGGAAGAGAUACAGAGGGUUUAAUGACCAGGUGAAUAAUUCAAUUUUGUUUGUUUGUUUGUUUUUGUUGUUUUGUUUUGUUUUUCAUGUAGGCGCUGUCGGAAGGCGAUACCUGUAGCAACAAGUGCCUACUUAGAAAAUCUUCCCUCACAUUACACCCAGAAUGUUCACUUAAACCAGGUAUCUAAUUAUGUUUGAUCUUUUGUUACGGUAGGUUUUGUUUGUUUGUUUGUUAAUUUGUUGUAAUUUUAUCUUUAUUUGUGCCAUGGUAACGAGUUUUGAACACAGUUUGGUUUCGUCUCUCUGUAUUUUAGCUGUCUCAAGCACUUCGGGUGUUUUCUUUGCACGCUCGCGGACCUGCAUUUGAACACUACGCAGCUCAGUUUCAGGAUGAGUGUAACAAGGUACCGUUUGUCAACGGCCUUUUAUUUCCCGUCAUGUAAUUUUUUAAUCAGUCAGAUACUGAGGCAAUUAUCGAUUUCCUUUUGCACUUUUCGUGUAUUUUCGUUCACUUUUUUGGUACCGUAUUUUCUUUUGUAUUUUCCUUUCCGGUGUACACGACACUCUCCAAAUGAAUACAUAUAUCUAUGGAAUAAGUCUCUUGUUCAAUUUUUCGUUAAAUGUAGGUAUGGAUGAACGGAAGACAGCUUUGUGAGGAGCGUAGCUUAACUGGACGCCACUGUGUUUAUCCGGUAAGGAUUUUGAUGAUUGGUUUUCAAAGGUCGUAAAAACCAUUCUAGAUAUCACCUCCUUGUAGUCCUUUGGUCAUAUAAAGCAUUGCACGGCAUGAAACACAUGAUGACGCGCGAUGGCUUGGAAAAUCAAGAUUUAUGCACAAUUCGUGGGAGUUAUUCUCGCUACAAGACUACAUGUAUACCGCUCAUCUGGGUGCGAACAAUCUCUCAAUUGUACAAUGCUCAUCUAACUACAAAGUUAUAAUGCACUGAUCAUAGUUUCCUGCAUUUUCUCUGUAGUACCACCGGGUCCCUGCAGAAGGCGAGAUGCCUUCCGAUCCAGUCUCCGAGGAAUCCAAGGAGCUUGGGGUUAAUCCAUGUAAGCCUCACUCAAGUCGUAUCACCAGCGUCAGUGCCUGCAACUGUGGAAGGAUACAGGAUCACAGAGAAGAUCCUUUUGAUCUCAAGGUAGAUAUUUUUACUGCAUAAUUUUACAAAAAAAUUUCUUCUUUUUUUUUAGAUGAAAACAAUAAUCAAAAUGGAUGUGAAAUGCCUAUAUUUCCUUGAAUUCGAUUGAUAUAUAGAAUAAAUUUCUAUUAAAAAAUAGAUCAGAUCGAAUAGGAAUUUCCCCCUUCAAAUUGACCUUUCCCUAAACAAAAUUGAAUAUCUUUUCAUUACAUGUAUGUUUAGCUUUAACCGUAGAUCCUCAUUCGGAUGAGAAUGACGAUUUACGUAAUGUUAUCCGGUGAACGUCAGAGCUUAGUGGUUCAAAGCAGGAUCAGUUAUAAUCCCUGCUUAACUACCAUAACAACAUAAACAUUUUCGAUAGCAGCUACGUGUAACCCAGGAUUAAGAUAUUGACUGGGUCUCCGGCUCAUCAGCGAACUCGUGCUCGAAAACAGGUCUUGGUGUAAUCAAAUUUUAAGAGGAACUGCUACUGUUCAAUACCCUCAAACUGCUUCCGUUCAAUGACAGCCUUUUAUACGGAGCUUUAGCGCUUAAAGUGCGCUUUUACCAGGCAGUUUUACUCUUACCAAUCUACAAACGUUACUCGUUUGAAGACAAAGAGUUUGUUUUGAUUUAUUCUCCCUAGACAGCUAACAUGGACUUCUUCAAAAUUCUCGAGUCAAAGUGCUGUUUUUCGCUGGUUCAUCUGUUCUUUCCAUUUCAUCCAAUCGCUCUCUCUUCAAAAAACUCCCACAAAACCUCUACAGAAAUAUCAGAUGAAGCCCCCCUCCUGGAAAUGCCAUCAGAGAUAGUCAGUUCUAAGGGAGAAGAAGUCAAAUCCGGGGAAGUUGGUGGUGAGGGGCACGUGGGUGACGAGACGUCCAACAGUGAGACGCCCGCGGUACAAGUUGCCCCGACAACUGGAUCCAUUCCCAUUCCAAACUCGGGCGUUGCUGCAAGGACAGACAAUUCGGGAAGCCUUGGGCACAGUGUCAGUUCUACCUACGGGGCGAGUGGGUACCAAUCUACGCUGGAGAUGAUGAGUCACGAGGGGUCUGAGUUUAGAAGUAUGCCAUCCGAGUUCAAGAGUGUUGUAUCCGUGGGAAUUCCGGGAGAAAUAAGCAUGGGAGAUUCCCAAGAUGUCCUCUCCGCCGUAGGGGAGCACGUUCCCGGCGUUCACUCUUUUGAAAGAUUCUCAUCGCGUGAUGAAAUGGAACAGAUCUAUCUGGAAACCAUGUUGAACAGUGAUUCGCCUCCUGGUAUUUUACCCCGCUUUCCUUCCUGGUCGCUUUGUCGUCUGGGAAGCGCAAGCGCCUACAAUCCCGCGAAAGGUCUGGACCAACCGGGAUUUUUCCCGAACAGCAAUUAUCUGUUGGCUUGGGACAUUCCUUUGCUGAAUGAAAGCCAAUCAGAUUUAACGAGUCAGUUUGAUGGAAAGGGCAAGCACUUGGGGUCUAAGCAAAUGACCGAAGAAGCUUGGCCUACGCUGAAUGAACUCCCUUCUGCCGGAAGUAAUGUUUCGUCACUUCCUCUGCACCAGGCUCUGACUUAUGCACGUCGACAAUGUUCAGAUUAUAAAGCAAAUACGCUUCCUUUGAUAUCGAGUGCAGUAACAGGGAAAGGUGCGUCUGGGGCCUCUCGGCAGCGGGGUAGAGCCGCCCGUGAAGGGGCGCUACCGACAGUGAGGGCCUAUAUAGGACAGGAAUAUGAGUGCCCAAGGGGACAUAGGUGAGUAACGUAAAACUGUUUCGAAAUGGCGUUUGCACUUGUUAAAUUACGACUGUCAAAAGUGUAUCCCAGAAGACAUUUAUUUGCUGAAGAUUUUUUCACUGGUUCAUUGUGGCAGAAUUAUUGUAUGCUGACCCUUGCACAUUUUCUUGAUGUGUGUCUGUGACUCAUGUUUUGUUUUCAUUAAUUCCUAAGGUAAAUUGUUGUAAAACUAAACGCUUUCAAUCAAUUAAAAUUUCAUUUCAUAAAACUAAAUCGUUGAUAAUCAGGGAUAAAGCAUAACGGAAAGUCAUUUUGAUUCCAAUAAUAUUCUUUUCAAUUUUACCGUACCUACAUAACGUGUUGGGACAUUUUCAGUGAAAUUCACGUCUCCUAUAACGUACUGGAAUUAUAAAUCACUUCUUCGUUCUUAACAAUAAAUGUUUGACAUUCUCAUUGUAAUUCUCAAGGUUUAUCUGCUCAGGCCCGGACAAGAUGGUGAAAGCGACCAGUUCCGGUCACGUCAAGGAAACAGCCCAGAAACUGGUGACGUCAGACAUGCCUCUUUACUUCCCAUGCCCCUGUCGCUCGUCAAAACCUCUCAUGGCUCAAAUGAUGCGCAUCUUUAUCGUCACACCCGAUUCACCUAUACUCGUGACCCUUAACCCGCGGGUUCAACCUUCCCUUCCGCCAUGUCCUGUGUUUUACCCUGGUGUUAAUGCGGGAGUCACUAUUCCCCCAGGAAGUUUCUGUGUACUGAGAUUACCGUACGUGUAUGUCUCAGACGUCGGUCCAAUUCUACCACCCGGUGAUUCGCAACCGCUGUUGUCGUGUCGGGUAUUGAAGGGGCUGUUUUCCGUAAUGGGGCUUGUUUAGGAAACUGCGAGAGAAAACCUUGUUGAGGGACGGCGCUAAGUCUUAGCUGAACAUCUUAGCGGCUCCAGUCGGAGAGAGUUUCGCUCCCGGAGGCAGAAAGUAGACAAA